AUGUGUAACCCGGUCAACGAAGAGCUCUUCAAGCAGGUGGUCAAGGAAUACAAAGACCAAGGCUAUACCCGCAUGGCGGUCUUGGUUUCCAAAGCCAACAUCGACAAUAUCCAAGGCAGGGUUCUUCUCCAGACCCUCCCUUCCAACGCCUACGAUACCCGGAAAACUCUGGAGAACGCUCGAGCCUAUGCCAAAGAGGUUGAGAGUGUCGGGGUCUCGAAGGAUCGUUUCUGCAUCAAUAUUCCCUGCACUGAGGGCAUUCGCACCCUUGGGACUAUCCUUUUCAGUGUUCACCAAGUCAUUGCCGCAAGCCAGGCUGGAUGUCUGUACAUCAGCCCCUACUAUAACGAGGUUCGUGCACACAACGAACAAGAGCGUGGGCCCAAAUCAGAUGACCCAGCGCUGCUGCACCCGAUGUCGCCUCGUCUGGUUCAGAUCUUCGAGAUGUACAAGCGCCUUUACAAGGAGACCGGCAAGGAGCAGCCUUUCGGAGCAGCCUUUCCUCAAGAAUGCCAGCUUCAUCUCUCCACAGGAAGCAAUGGCAGCUGGCGAGCUGGGCUGCCAAUCGGCGACUAUUUCUCACCAAGUGCUCACCAACUAGCGAACCUUCCGUACGACGGAGCCAAGCAACCAGGCGAGGGCGUCCCCAAGCCCGAACACCCGUACCGGAAUGCAGCACCGACCCCAGAGCGACUGAAGAAGAUUGCACAGACAGACCCUCUGAUUGGUUCGAACUGGGGUGGAAAGCUGUCGAGAAUUGACAUCGACUACCUGGCCAAUGGAGGUGUGGAGCUGGAUAAGGCGAAUGAGGCAGACCCUGAAACUAAGAAGAGAUUGCGUGAAGCCUUGAGGUUUGUUUGUCGCUGCUGA